AUGGGAGCCAUACUAUCCCUUCCUUUCACCCUGCUCAACUUGCUCCUCCCAUUCACCCGCGCCGGCACACCACUAUCGCAAGACCUAUUACACACAGCCAUACUCUGCGGAACCCUCUAUUUUGCCCCGCAAAUCGGUGAAUGGUACAAUGCCCGCCAACAAGGCGCUCACCACACGCCUUUGGACCAGACCGACACGCACGACCCGCCAAAUCAAGCCGACAACGACCCCACAAAUAGCGACACACAAGCCGCUGCCGCCGACGCACCCCUAGACGAGCGCCUCGUUCUCCAAGACGACGACGAAGCCGACAGCCCCCCGGGUGCCGCACGACCACGCGCACCCACGCCGCCACCAGCGCCGCGCCACCAAGCCCACGUCGAAGACGACGAGCACCACGACGUCCGCGACCCCUUCGCCCCCGGCCCCGCCAACCCACCACCUCCUCCCCAGCCCGCCCGCGCACCACCCACGCACCGCACCGUCGGGACGAAAAAAGCAAAGUCCCUCGCCCGCAAAGACCAGCAGCGCGCCUACAACGAGUGGCUCCGCCAGGAAGCCGAGAUCAGACGCAGACAGGAAGACGAGGGCCGCGAGGAGCGCGAGGCGGCGCUCGCGCUCGAACGCGAACGUAGGGCUGCGGCGGAGGAGGUGAUUCGGGCCAAGGAGCGCGAGGAGCGCGAAGCGCUGAAGCGAGAGCGAGAACGCGAGGCCGAGGAAGAGGCGGAGCGGAGGGAUCGCGUCGUGAGUCAUGUCAAGAGUAGAAUCGAAGACGUCGGAUGUGUCGAUUUGGUCGAGGCCGCGUGGAACGAAGGCAAAGACAGAGUCUGGGUCGAGAGAUUGCUCAGGGCUUCGGGCUUACUGGGCCACUUGCACACGGAUGGGAGUCGGCUCCUGCUCACGGGCAGGCACUGGCUUGUCAAGAUUGAUCAGCACAUCAUGGAUAGAGCCUACGCUGAGGCACACCGCUUCGCUCAGGAACACGGCGGUAAAGUGCGCUUUGAGGAUCUUGCAAGUAUCCUCGAAAACGUUGUACUGCAGGGCGUAGAGAGGCGUGAAAGCAAUUGGUCAUGACGAAAAAAGCCAAGUGCCCCUUGGUUUUUUUCUUCUCUUCAUCGGAACAAUGGCGUUUUAGGGGCUCAAAAUAUAU